AGACUCGCAGUCAACUUCUGGUAAUUGAUUCCGAAGGUCGUAAAUCGUUUCUCACCGGGUGACAAAGUGCGUUGCGGACCGGGUUGAAAUGUGGCAAGCAAUCACGGUUGCCUCCCUUCAAGUGGUGGAUUGAAGCUCUCUUAAUUGCUUUUGUUUGAAGUUGAAUGAGACUACUGGGAGAUAGAUUUUACAAACUGUAUACCGUCUGCACGAGUACCGCCGCCAUGUUCCACUUCCGCAACAAUACACACCACACGCACGCACAAUGCCUCGUGAUGCGAAUCCUUCACACAGUCCGGAAUGGCUCAUGGUGAAAAUAAUCGUAAUUUCUCACUCAUUAUCUGAAGGGCAAGUGAAUUCGGCUCGUCCCACGGAGAGCUGCUCGGUUUACAUUGGUGGUUCGCGUGCUCGCAACACAUCCCACAACAUACUUAAGAAGACUUCAUUAAUUUGCCUCUUUGCCAAGCGCACCUCGGUUACCGUUUGCCAACACACUCGUCGAACAUCAGGGCGGUAUGCAUAUUCACCUGCGAGUGACAAAUUACGGCAAAUUAUGGCCCAGACUCACCACAUGGCGAAACUUUCGUUGAACCCAUCUUUGGCACUGCCUUCGUAUGUCUGUAAGGCUCAACCAGGGCAGGCAGGCUCAGUGGUUAGUUCACUGCGGUUUUACAACGUUCAGUACACACGACAGGACAGUUUACAGGAAACACAACAGUUCAGGACAUUUCACAUUCUAUGAAACACUAUACCACAUAACAGUUCUAUGCUAUAUACUAUUGUAUCCUGGAUCCUAGUUUUGGUUUUACCAUUGUUUCAAUUCACAGUCUACCCAAAAGGGUUAACUUCAACGCUUACGAAAACAAAACAAAACGCUAUCCCUGAAAGAGAUAUACAAAGUUUUAAACGUCAUCAAAGUGCAAAGCAACUGUUGCUCAUGGAGCAAAAAAAAUGCAUCUAAACUACACAUUCAGCGUUGCAAAAAUCCCACCUGAGCAUACUAAAUAGAUAACUGCCACCUCGUUUGCAAAUCGUUAGUCCUUCGGGUGGUCCCAAAACAGCACGACUCCAAAAUCUUAAAACAUUCUUUUGCAUUCUGUUUUGGGAUCGUAAGCAAUGAAAUGCGUCUUUUGCAUGAACUCUCUCGCGAUUGGUACGAGCGUGUCAAUUCUGUAUCGCACGACUGACUUUGUAAAUUCAUACGGAUCCUUCCACCUCCUUCAGCGGGUACACAGGAAUAAAUAAGAGAGGAUUUUCAAGAAGAUUCAUUCCUUCCAUGAAAUCUAAUAAACGAUGCUCUAACGAUGCGAACGUGGCUAAACAUUUAUAAUUUCAUUACGCGAUACCUGCCAUAUUCUGUACGCCAUAUUCUAUAGUAGUAAAAAGUGCUUUUCAGAGCGCGCUGUGAAAUUAUAUUUAUUCAAUUCUUUUCAAUGCAUGAUGCAAAUACUCUAUUCCCAUCUCAUGAGCUCACAUUCCGGUGGAAAAGAUAGAAGCGUUGGUACUUUGAAAGAAUGCGUUGCUUUUCCAGACUGUCUUAGGAAUGCAGGACGUUCGAAAAUUAGAAUAUUUAACACCCAGUAUUGAUUUUUAAUCUAUUGACGCUUCUAACAAAAAGUCCUGCAUUGUCCUACAUAUUGAAUAAAAACCAUUUUCUCGCACAAGCCAAUUGCCUUCCACCGAGCAUGUGAAAUCUCGAUCCAAAAGCCCACAAGAUGAAUCUUAUGAAUCUAACAACGCUCUGCUAUAUUACUUUAAACCCCAUAACUCCACAUUGAGAUUUGCGCAUCUCCUUUUUUACCUGUUACAUCGAAGAACUGUUGAAACAUUGUAUUUGUUUUCAUUUUACCGCGCGAGUUUCGUUGAGAGCCUUCCACGGGAUUGUAUCGACAGAAACCGCUACCCAUCAUGCUUGGAGGACCUACGCAUGCACAUACUUAAGGCAAUCAGAAUUAAUGAAAUCAAUUUUUCAUAAACCCCAAUUACACUCGCGAUCCGUAUCUGAUCGUUCGCUCUGGUUCACCAUAUCAAAACCGAGCAUCAUGAAAAUUCUCAUAGUCAUUCAAGCGUUAAACGCAAGCACGGUGAUAAGGUUUUUUUUGUUACAAAAUUGGCUGCCGGUGCUCGGGCGUCUUGUGAGAAUGGAAAACUUACAAUUCAUGCUGCUCCUGGCACGCCUUUUUGGCUGCAACACCUACCUUUAUCACGAAACGAACGAUGGCUUCGUGGCAACACUUUCUUGGUCGGGAGUUUGUUUCUACGUCGUGAACAUACUGGUGUACACGUACUUUUCCGUCGCAAACGUGCUCAACCCUAAGGUAUACACCUACACUGGCUCAAAAACUGUAGACAUAGCAGGAAAAAUCAUCCUUGAAUUAGGUUUCUGCGAUUUGAUUCUAAUUGCGACGGAACGAGUGUAUCGGGGCGGUUGGACCACGGAGCUGCUGAACGCAUUUCGCUCGGUCGAUAAGCAGAUCAUUGCUUUAGGUGCUCAUCGGAUUCGUUCCAUACGCAACAGUGAGCAGCUGAACCAAAUGAUUCUACUGACACUAUGCACUAUCAGUGCAAUCGUUUACUCAGUGUAUGCAUUCAUACGGACGAACAUCAUUUACAACAUACCUAUGUUUGUCGGUCAUCUCCUCGUUGGCGUUUCGUUGAUUAUUAUCACUAGCAUUUUCUACGCAGAAGUUUACGAAAUACGCUACAGAUUGAAUGCUGUUAAUAGCCAUAUCAGCAAACAGCUAUGCGAUGAGGAUUUCCAUAAACUGCGACCAAAUUAUGGAAGGCGCAUGAUAAAAGUAAGCAGUAACGCCGAAAUCAAACUGCGAAAAGAUUUUAUCGCGCGCGUGGGAUUGAUCUACGAAGAGCUGCACAGCAUUGCUACGAAAAUUAGCAAUCGCUAUUUGUUUGAGUUUUCAGGAUACUGUAUUGUGAAUGUGUUUUAUGGCAUCAUGGCGGUAUACAUCUUCUAUCGAGCUGUUUUUAUCACUUUUUACGAAGCACGAUAUUCCAUCAGUAUAUUUCUAGUUUGGGCAUUGAUAUACAAGAUUAGCCUUUUUCAAAUGAUUUUUAACUGUCACUUGUUGCAUGCAGAGGGCAAAAGACUAGGAUCGAUCAUAAGUUAUGUAGCGUCACAGGAAAAUGAUGUGAUUUGCAUCAAGAAGGUAAGGCUUGUAAAUGCAUGCUCAACAAACGCUCGCUACAGUUUAUACCUCAAUAUUGCUUCCCAUGAUGCCAGAUGCAUAGCUUGCUUUGCCAAAUACAACAUAAUCCCAUCAAGAUUACCACCUACACUUUUGACAUAAAUUUAGGCGUAUUCUUCGGGAUUGUUAGUACCAUCCUAACAUAUUUAUUCAUAUUGCUACAGUUUUCUCUAUAACUAGUAGCUUCACUCCUAAUCCGUGUAUAGGAAACCAGACAAGUGGAAUAGUUACUUCUCUUCUGAUCUCUCUCUCUCUCACUUACCGUCGCAUCGUUCUCAUCCGCAACCCAUAUCCAUGGAUGAUGACGAAUCUAAAGCUUCAUCAAUUCUUCGCAUCAAGAAUCCCACAGCCCACAAUCUGUUUUUAACUUCCAGUCAGCCGCCUCUUCCAAUGGAGCCGCCUAGCCGCCGUUUAAAGUUGUGAACCGCUUUCAACCUGUUCCAUCUAACUCUGCAACCAUCGGGAAAGAGAGAGAGAGAGAGAACCAAGGAAAACACGAGUCAACGUAUAUGUGCCUCGAGCUACUCUUUUGUAACAGCGCAUGUCCAACGAGUAUGGUGCACGCGGCGAAUGCCGGCUUCGGAUCCAUCGCUCUUCCGCUCGGGACACGUUCGAGCGGAAACGGAUGUUUAGAACCUUUCCAGUCUCGCCGUAACCGUGGAUCAGUACAUUCGUUCCCACGCGUGUGUUUUAGCCAUUGUUGGGCACUCCUUUGUGACGUACUCUCACCCACCACCUUCAAGAGCGUAGACGUGGGUGUUAGCGAUGUUUUCGUAAUAGUUCUUCUCACGUUUAGUCCCGCACAGCAAUCGUCCCGGAAUCAACGUUCAGAUUGUACGCUUGAGUUACCUAUCGCAGCAUCUUAGCAUGUAGUGUACCGAAAGUUUGUUUUGUCAUACAUUGAUUAUGUAAAUAUAGCUUACGGCUGUUUCGUACGGGCAUAUGACAAAUUUCUUUCGAUCGUUCGUCUUGAAGUGCGUGAAAGGUGUGCUUUUCAGUGAAUCUAGUAAAAAAAUAUAAUCCCUGCAAGCCGGGUAUCGCCACACACGGCAACGGUGCAAGGCUAACACAUUGCAUCUGCUGGAUUAUUCCUCAUUACCAUGUCAUCAAAAGAAGAUACAAAAGGUGGCAGCUUGUGAGAGAAAAACAAAUUAAACGUGUCAUUGAAUGUGAGGUGAAAAUGGGCACGAAUGUUUUUCUUUAAUGGAGUGUGUGCUAUGUGGAUUGUUUAGUUUAGCGAAGAUGAUGACAAGGGUAAAAACGGCGUAAGCUAAGCCGUCGCUGGUUGUGUCAUGAGUUCGGUGUUGAAAUAACUUCAAUUGCGAUCCACACACUAAUAAGCCCAAGCGGUUCCAUAGGCAUUUGCAACUUAAUGGAAAGUUUUCUGCCAAAUCGGAAGUGGUGCGGUGAGGUGUGAUACAGUGAAAGCGGUUGUGUUAUAAUGUUUCCUUCGCUAAGCGAAUAGCAGGGUGAUAGUAGCCCAGAAUCUGUACGGUGCUAUACCCGGAGCAAUGCCGAGGAUACGACACGAAAAUGGCAGUUAAAUUGUGCGAAAAUUGAUCUAAGUUUGUGGGCAAAAGAAACUUCCAGCCUUCACGCCCACACCAUCGACGAGGCCCAGGGGUGCCGUGUUUGUUAUGUAUUUUAAUGUGUGAUGACUUCUCAUACGGUGGUGGUCUGGCAUGGCCGAGCGUGAUAGAACGUAAAACGCAUCGUACUGGGCGAGUUCACUGAUGAUCAUCAGGAACCAUUGAACGAACCAAAAAAGAUCGAUUUCUCGGACUGGAAAUACAAGAACAUCGUUUCUCAUUCAAGUCACAUGUUCAAGUUUUAAGCGUUUGGACCACAUAUGCGAAAGAAGCGAUUAAGUUGCAGUAUACGAGUGGACCUAUAUUCGAUAUUCGGGAUUUCUUUUUCAAUUUUUUCUUCCCCCUGCCAAUCAACAAACCACCAAGGCUAAGGACUAACCAACAAUAUAGUACCAUCAGUUUUGCUACAUGAUAAAACAUGAAUUCAGCCAAACGAAACUGCCCGAAAAUCGUACAGACAGCCGGAAAAAAACUAAAUUAUGGCAGCAGAGGGCUGAGGAAAUAACAUCCAAAACAACGACGUUAGACAUUGAGACGAGUAAGCGAUGAAAAGCUGUCCUGAUGCAAACUCUACUAUUCCAAAAGACGGCUUCGACUUAAAAAACAGACAUGAUUAUUCUUCUUUCUAGCUUCGGACUCAUGCAAAAGACACCACCAGCACUUACGAUACGCACGGCAUCACUCAUCGACCAGCAUAGACUGGUGAAACUGACUUACAAAAACAACGUUUCUUUAAAGCACCGUAUCGUACCGCAUAUCUGUGACAGAACAGUCUCUUCAUGUUUAAGGAAACUACCGUGAACCACAAUGGUAUACACUAUCUUCUUUUAGGUUAGGUUUCUUACAAAAAUCGAACUGUAUGGCUCUUCUGCCAAGAAUGUUACUUUAAAGCACAGCACGAUCGAUACAACAAAAACGAAAGAUCUUUUAAACCGUAUGGCAAACCGAACAACGGUUGCUAUUUCGGUUGCUUUUUGAACAUCACAUUCACGAGGGCAACGUCAGACAAACAACCACACAGCACCAGGAUACCCCAUUAAGUACUGACGAAAUAUGAAUGUCCUUUCCAUCUGUCAAUCAAUCGAUCUGUCUGGUGCAAUUUAUCGAAAUUGAUGGCAGUGUCGCUUAGGGAACACGUUAGCAAUCAUCAAAUCUUCCAAUCAGAAAUCAAAAGUGUUAAAAGUUCGGUCCCGCCUCAGUGAAGAACCAAUCAAUACAUCCGGUGAUGCUAGCAAGUGUUAGUGAGUGUAAGCGCCUUCAGCCUCGAUGCAAACGAAUUCCCACCCGUCAAAAAGGGCCACAAAAAGGACGCCUACGGAGUGAAAAAAUGUAUAUUUAGCUCGCACGUAAAAAGCGUCUGGCUCAGAUUGGCACAAUGUGAGAAAUUUGUUGUCAGGUGAAAAGUGUUUGAAUUUUCCUUCCUCCACACCCUAUGCUCAUGCACGUGCAUCCUGUUCGCGAAAGAAUUUCUCUCCCUAAAAAAGAAAAGCUGUUUGCUUUCGAUGUGCUCUUUCAUGAGUGUAUGUGUGUUUGGUAUGUUCUCAUGUGUGUACUUCUUCACUACUUAGCAACCGUGUCCGGUGGUAUCGUUGUGCGGUAAGCAGCUGACGACAAUACUGGGAAAGUCAACCCAUACUUAAAGGCCAAACGGGGCGCUUUGCACCUCAAUCCGAAAGUGUUUCGCGAGUUUGUAUUUGUGAAUUUGUCUGUGUGUGUGUGUGUGUGUAUGUGUGUUUAUGUGAUGUGAAAAAUGAUGAAAAAACGCGUAAACAGCUCAUGCAGUCUCCGCCAUUGCUCCCAGGUUUCUGUUAGCGAGUUCCCUGUAGAUGCAUUGAGCUGUUGUUGAUUUUACCGUCGGCAGUGUUGCUGUCGUGGUUUGACUCGAACCACUCCACUGUUGGCAAACGCCACGCAGUCAAAGAUGACUUUGAGCGGAAGUAAAAUGACGGGGAAAAACAUGGCAUCAUUUUCUACGACAUUUCUACUACUAAUAUGGAGCACAGAAUUAACCAUUGGCAGCAUUAGAGUGGACGAAAAUCGGGAUAACAGCGAAGCUGAACUUGCCGGUGGAUCCCGAAAAUUUCGCACCGAAUUCCUCCAGGAGUGGCCAACGCCAGGAACUGGGCCUUAUUUUGAUACCACCGUUCCAAGCAACAUCACCGGUUUGGUCGGCAAGACGGUCCUGCUAAACUGCAAGGUGAAAAACCUCGGCAAUCGAACGGUUUCGUGGGUUCGACAUCGAGAUAUUCACCUCUUAACUGUCGGACGCUACACCUACACCUCCGACCAACGCUUCGAAGCGAUGCAUUCACCCCACACGGAAGAGUGGACACUCAGGAUUCGGUACGCCCAGCGCAAAGACUCUGGCAUUUACGAGUGUCAAAUAUCGACCACGCCACCUAUAGGACACUUUGUCUAUCUCACGAUAGUGGAACCAGUGACAGAGAUUAACGGAGGACCUGAUUUAUUUAUCAAUAAAGGCUCGACCAUAAAUCUCACCUGCAUCGUGAAGUACGCCCCCGAGCCGCCACCGGCCGUCGUGUGGAAGCACAAUCGUGAUGACAUUAAUUUCGACUCACCCAGGGGAGGCAUUUCGCUCGUCACCGAGAAGGGCAUCCUGACGACUAGCCGGCUGUUGGUGCAGAAGGCCAUCGCGAGCGACUCCGGUCUGUACACCUGCGAGCCCUCGAACGCCAAUCCGGCCUCCGUGCGGGUGCACAUCCUGAACGGAGAACACCCCGCGGCAAUGCAUCAUGGCAUCUCCACCAUCCUCUCCGGACCUAGCUUGGUCGCAUUCGUCCUCUCGACCAUUUUACUGUUCUACCAUCACAGUAUUCGAUGGAAGGACUUUCGGCUAACGUAGUAAAUCCACCUAGUUCUUUCCGUUUGCCUGUUCCUGGUUUCGUCACUGUACAGAACAUUUGAGUGUCCACGAGUGUGCGUUCAUGUCAAUGAGUUAUUUCAACACACAAGUGAAACAGCCAUAGAACCAUAUUAUCUUUAAAUUCGUUCCAUGCACCCAUCCGUCAUUGAUUAAUUGGGCUAUGUAUUAUGGUGACAUGGCUUUGUGCACAUGCUCAUUUUUCUAAAUUAUUACAUGACGUGUCAUCCGUAUGACACCUGACCAUAAUUGGUGCUUAUUAUUUAUUACUUAUAUACACAUGUAUUGUGUGUUCUUUGAAAAGUAUGCAAAUCAUGCAGAUUAUAUCAACGGACUCAACCAAACAAUCAGAGGUUUAUAACCAUUAAUUUCGUAUUACAUUUAUUGGCUUUUCGCCGGAAUGCCUUUUUAUCACAUUUUGUUUUGUCGAAACAAUAUGUUUACGUUCACUCUCACUCGAAUAGCUUAUUUAUUAACAAGCCCUAAUGUAUUAGCAGUUAAUGUACGGAGACGGUUAGUUAAUUCAAUUAUCUAAUUUGUACAGCAUCAAAUUUGUAAAUAAAUCUCGUUUAGAUGAUAAAAUACUAUUUGUACAAAUACAUAUAAUAAACAGUUUAGUAGAUCUCUGAAGUAAACCCAUAUAUAGAAAUAAUAAAAAUGUUAGGAAAGUCCCCUAACCAGAAAAACAAGGUUAAGGGAAAUACAAGUAUUGUUUUUAAUUUAAAGGCGUGAAAGAUGAAUGGCGAAAUUUGUUAGACGUUUUCAACAUUCGUCAAAAUGUCAAAAAUUUUAAAACAUUUUCUAACCGUUGGGAAUGUAAUUUCUAUUAAAAUGUGUUCAACAACACAACAAUAAACGAAUUUAUCGCUUUUAGUUCUCACUUAAGUUUUUGAAAAGGGAUGCGAAAUUCUCAAAUAGCAGUUUGCUUUUUACACAACAAAUGUUGACAUAUCAGACAAAAUUAUGAAAAUGAGAUGAGAGAGGAAACAACAAAAUGGUACAUACAUCGUCGACGACUCCUAACUGUUAAGCCAAUGAAUUCACCGAAUGAUUCAACACUCUUCUAUACGUCAUAGAUUAUGUAGCAUGAAAGCUAGGAAAGCCGAAAAACUGAGCACUACAAUGUCGAAACUUUUGAUUUACUCGAUGUAAACUCUUCAUCUAAAAUAUCAACCCUUAAAGAAUCAUCAAAUGUUUCGGACUAAUCGCUCAGAACACUGUUCAGGCUUUCGUGUUGAAAUUCGCGAAUCCCAAAAACAAUCAAUAAUCGCGAGUAACAAAACAGGCAUCUCGAAGUUGAAAACAAUUUGAUGUUACGCCUUUUGGUUUAAACUUUCAACGGUAAAUUACCAACAAAAAGUCGAUUGCUCCGUAGCCUGCCCUUCACUCUCGAACUUGUUCAACAAGACCGAGUGAAAUGCUAGAUCGACACACAAUUACUAGAUGAGCAGAUUGCUAUGUACUCAAAAGUGUAUUUAAAAAAUUCUGGUCAAAUACAAAAAUUGCUAUAAAUUAAAAUCCAUCUAGACCAGAAAACAAGGCAUUAAGGCAAGACUUUUUUUAACAGUAAAAUCCAGGGAAAGAGCAACUCUGACGUAAAUACGCGAAAGCAGAAAAAAUUGUCCAAUAGGCACUAAUACGUUAGUGAGAAAGGCUUGGUAUAAUCCCCACUGAUUACCAGUAACAACAAAGGUUCCCCACAAAAUCGAUUGAUGCCUUCACCAGAUCUGCGUUAUUCGCCAACGGCAAAACUAAUUCUGAAGAAGAUUCAUGUUUGCUUCUUUGGUAUCAACGCUCUUGUAGCUAAAUUGCGAACAAUAUGCUACAUGAAAAUAAAAGGCGAUAAAACGCUGGGGCAUCGUGAAAAGCCCCCCACUCCAGGGCGGUGCUGGGACAGGAAUUGUCAUAAAACUGUAAAGUUAGGACAUUCCUUCAUUGGCUCAACAUCACUCCCUGUACCCUCGUCCGACGAAAAGUUUGUACCAUGAGUUUCACAGCAACUCCCAACGCCAGGAGAGGCUAGUGGCCGUGUCUAGGAAAGAACAACGGCAAUAAAGCAGACACGAUAAACGAAAACCAUGCGGAUGUAGCAAGAAGCAAGAAUCUUUUAGAUACGCAGGUAACCAAUAAAAUAAGCUAGAAUGGUGCGCUAAAAAUGAAUGCGACAAAACAGGACGCAAACAAAAAGUUUCGGUCCGUUCGAUGGAAACGUAAGUUCAAAAUUGUUUACUACACAAAACAGAGCAAACCGUUUAAACCACUGACAAACAAGUUGCUCACAAAUUUUGGAGACAAAGAAGCAACACCAUUCCAAUACAAAAUAAGUACGAACAAACAAGUUGCAAAAGAACUAUAGUCAUGAAAUGUCGAUUCGUUACGACAGACAGGGGAAAAUAGUCAAAUAAUGUGCACACGUUUUGCAACACUUUGUAACUAAAAUGUGUAAUAAAUUAAACACAAUCGGAAAGAAUAUUGAUCAAAAUAAUAAAGAUGAGAGCGAAAUCAACAUUAAA